AUGAACUCGCGCUCGUCCUCCUACUCUGCGCAUUCCCAGAGACAAUCAUCGCUGGUUCCUGAACGACGACUUCCCAGACGCAGGUCGACCCUCUCGUCAGUAGAACGAGGUCACCAUGGAGCCUCGACAGACCCGGCGGUGCAUUCGAUCACCGAGGAGAUUGCGGAGAUCAAGCGAUACGAGGACUUCACUACGAUAGACUGGGUUCAAGACGAUGCGAGAGAACAACUUCGUCGCAGAGCUCGGCGGAAAGAGAACGCAACUUUCUUUGCGCGCGAGGGCAUCCUGGGUUGGCGGGGGAAACUGAGGGAUUCUUAUGAAGCUGGUCAGGCAUGGAUCGUGGUCACUAUAGUCGGGGCUGUCAUUGGCGUCAACGCAGCAGCUUUGAAUAUCAUUACCGAAUGGCUAUCAGAUGUCAAGUUGGGAUACUGUACUACGGCUUUCUACCUGAACGAGCAAUUCUGCUGCUGGGGUGCUGAGAAUGGAUGUGAUGAGUGGAAGAGAUGGACGUCUUUCGGGUUGGCAAACUACAUAAUAUACUUUAUCUUCUCGGUACUAUUUGCUCUUGUGUCUGCCUUUCUGGUCAAGCAGUACGCUCCGUACGCAGCCGGCUCAGGGAUCUCAGAGAUCAAGUGUAUCAUUGCUGGCUUUGUUAUGCAGGGGUUUCUCGAUUUUAAGACCUUUCUUAUCAAGUCAAUUUGUCUGCCAUUGGCGAUUGCUUCUGGUUUGUCAGUCGGCAAGGAAGGGCCAAGCGUGCACUAUGCUGUGUGUGCUGGCAAUGUCAUCUCGCGAUACUUUGACAAAUACAGACGUAAUGCAGCGAAGACUCGAGAGAUCUUGACAGCGACUGCAGCCGCUGGUGUAGCCGUCGCCUUCGGGAGUCCAAUUGGAGGAGUACUUUUCUCUCUCGAGGAAAUGGCAACAUACUUCCCGUUGAAGACCCUCUGGCGCAGCUACUUCUGUGCCUUGGUAGCUACGGCAGUGCUUGCUGCAAUGAACCCUUUCCGCACAGGUCAGCUGGUCAUGUUUCAAGUCAAAUAUGAUCGAACCUGGCACUUCUUCGAGAUAAUUUUCUUUAUACUAAUCGGCAUCUUUGGUGGUUUGUACGGCGCAUUCGUCAUCAAAUGGAAUCUUCGAGCGCAGGCGUUCCGGAAGAUAUACUUGACGAAAUAUGCCAUUCCGGAGGCAGUCAUCCUGGCCGGGGCCACUGCUCUCCUUUGUUAUCCGAAUAUGUUCUUACGCAUCGACAUGACCGAAAUGAUGGAGAUGUUGUUCCUAGAAUGUGAAGGUGACCAGGACUAUGACGGCAUCUGUGAAGCCAAAAAUCGCUGGUCCAUGAUCCUCUCACUCUUCAUUGCUACCACCUUGCGCAUCCUCCUCGUCAUCGUCUCCUACGGCUGCAAAGUGCCAGCCGGCAUCUUCGUCCCAUCCAUGGCCAUCGGCGCGUCUUUUGGCCGUAUGAUCGGAAUCCUAGUCCAAGCUCUCCAUGAAUCAUUCCCAAACUCCCACUUCUUCUCCGCCUGCGAACCAGACGUCGCCUGCAUCACUCCGGGAACGUACGCCUUCCUUGGCGCCGGCGCAGCCCUCAGUGGCAUCAUGCACAUCACCAUCUCGGUCACGGUGAUCAUGUUUGAGCUCACAGGAGCAUUAACCUACAUUCUACCCACCAUGAUCGUGGUCGGUGUCACCAAAGCCGUAGGCGACCGCUUCGGCAAAGGGGGCAUCGCCGACCGCAUGAUCUGGUUCAACGGCUUCCCCUUCCUUGACAACAAAGAAGAACACAGCUUCGGCGUGCCAGUCUCCCAAGUCAUGACCUCCGACGACAUGAGCGUACUUCCCUCCACCAACUUCCCCGUCAGCGCCGCUGAAGACAUCCUCAACUCAACCCCUUAUUCCGGCUUCCCCAUCAUCGAAGACAGGGAAUCCAAAAUCCUCCUUGGCUAUAUCGGCCGCACAGAACUCCGCUUUGCCAUUGACAGAGCCAGAAAGCAAGGUCUCAUGUCCCCUGUCGCGAAAUGCUCUUUCGCUCCCUCCUCCUCUUCGCAACUGGGAACUUCAGCCACCCCCGCUACACCAAUAAUCAGCAGCAGCCCUGCGCCCCUCACCUUCGACGACAUAGCCACCUCCUCCGGCCAGCAAACUGUCGACUUCAGUCCCUUCGUCGACGCCACCCCCAUCACCGUGCACCCGCGCCUCCCGCUCGAGACGGAGAUGGAGCUCUUUAAGAAGAUGGGACCGAGGGUCAUCCUGGUGGAGCAUAGGGGUAGGCUGGUCGGUUUGGUGACGGUCAAGGAUUGUUUGAAGUUUCAGUUUAAGGUCGAGGCGCAGGAAACCAAUGGGCAUGGAGUUGGUGUGGGGCAUGAAGAGGGAAAUGGAGGGAGGCAGCAGGAGAUGCUUUGGAAGGGAAUGGCCAGGGUGGGGGAGUGGAUGGCUGAUAAGAUCUCGGCUUUAACUUCCGGGCGGUUGAGAUUGCCGCCCAGGAGAGCAGGGGGGUCGGCUUCGGCUUCGACAGUGGCAGGGGAUGGGUGGCUUGGCGGUAGAGGCGAAGAGAGGUCGUCCCUACCAGUAGAUGAUAACAGGCAUGAUGGAGAUAUUUUGGAUGGGACAGAGGAUAUAGAUGCAGGCGUUGAGCUCGAGAGUAGAUAG